AUGUCGAGGCGGCUCGCUCUUGUUUCCGUCUUCCUUGCGCCUUACGCAGCUGGUGCUGCCGAUGCUGCCGGAGCUUCAGGAGCGACGUCGACAGGCCCGGCUGCACACUACGAGACUCUGUUCAAGUCCCCCUGGAACGAGGACAACAACAAGCAUGGCCUUCAGCAUCUCGAGCACGUGAAUGUUUGCAUACCGAGCCACGAUCCCGCGAAACACCUAUACUACGACAUCCUCGGGUUUGCACCGGACGCUCGGCGCGCGCACAAUAUCGGCAAAGGAAGCGGGACGAUCUGGGCAAACAUCGGCUCGACCCAGAUACACCUCCCGGAGGGGGAGCCCCAGGUUGUUCCGGGGACAAUCGGGCUCGUGUACGGCAGCUCGGACCUCGCGGAGGUGAUCGCCCGCCUAACCGAGAAUGCGAUUACCAAUGGCAACGAAAACAACCGCAAGAACGCGCUCGAGGGCACAAAGUUCGCGUGGAGAGAGGAGAAGGAGGAGGGGGGGGAGGAGACCGGCUAUGUCGAUGUAACGUGCCCGUACGGAAACGUCUACCGCCUCCACAAGCGGAAACCCUCCUCGUCGACAAUAGCGCCAGAAGCCACACAAGCAGCAACAACCACGGACAGAGGCGGCGGCGGGGGAGCGCUCGACCCUCGAGGGGGACGCCUGCCCAACGUCCCCGCGGGAGGACAGGGCUCUUCUUCGCUCGGCCUCGGGAUUUCGUACGUCUCCUUCCGCGUGAGGCCAGGAACCGCCGCGGGUAUCGCGCGCUUCUACCGGGAACUCUUCGGCGCGGAAGCGCAGGAGAUGGGCGGCGGUGGAAGUGGCGACGGCGACGGCGGCGGCGGCAGCAGCAGCGGUGAAGACGUUUGUUCAGUAACGCAAGAAGGAGACUCGGGGAAGGGGUUACGUUGUUCGACGGCCACAGAGGCGGACAAGAGACGGGGCACAGCGGCGGUCGUAAGGGUUGGGCCGGUCCAACACCUGGCCUUCGUGGAGGAGGAGGACGAGGCCCUGCUGCAGCAGGAGUACGACGGUCACCACAUCUGCGUCUACCUCCCUGAAGAAGGAUUUCGACGCAGCUUUGAGGAGGCGGAACGGCGGGGGCUCGUGUUCGUCAACCCUCGCAGAAACUUUGGCAAAGCAGACACUCUCGAGAAGGCUCUCGAGGAAAAACAGUACCGCAUCAAGGACCUGGUGGAUCCGGCUACGGGAGAGCUUUUGCACGUGCUGGAGCACGAGAUUCGGAGCAUCUCCCACCCAUCCUAUCCCGUAGCACGAGAUUUGUCCGCCCACACACCCAUGUAGAUUUUUUUCAGAGUGCAAAUGGAGUAUCAAAUUUUAUAUUUUGUUCCCGAGCGACUUGAGAGUCUACACGUGAAUCGUGCUUGGCGAAGUGCGGGAGGAACAAGAGUAGGCGGGGGGUGGUGGCGGAGGUGGUAGGUUCGGAGCAGCGAUUUUCUCGUAUUGUUUUCGUUUUGUCAGCCUGGGCGAUUGUUGUUCCUUCUAGCUUCCAGUUGCCGACCAACCCCUUCCUGGUUUGAUUGAUUGAUUGCUUGGUUUCUUUCAGUUGCCGAGCUCUUGAUAUUGGUAACAACCACGAGUUGCCUACCCUGCUUCCCAAUUCGUCGGUUUUGUUGGCGCAACCUGACCUGCCGAUCUAUCUUCCCUCGAGAGUGGCCUUUCGAAUUUCUUGUGCCCCUUCUCCACACGUCUACGCCCGUGUUUCGUUCUUGAGUUCGAGUUACAGUACGGCCGCACCCCGUCGGGCGAGUGCCAUAGAUAUUCCGUCUGACUCGCAUGUACAACAACAUUGCGCAUGCUCUAUGUUCUCCUUGGGCGUUUUGUGAUGGAGUUUGUUGUCGUGUUACCGUGGGUGCGGGAGAGUGCGGUGGGUGGCGUGUACCUGUUUUACCCACCGUGUUUCGUCACCCUUGCUACAAACCUCGUGGCUACGUGAUUUGCUUUUCUUGCUGGACUUCGUAGAUUUGGUAGAUGUUGUUGGUUCGCGUGGAAUAGGUUUGUUGUGCGGAAGAUAAUUUU